AUAGUCAAAUACCAUAUCCAUCCUAAAAUUAACAAAUAACCCAAAUAUAAAAAGAGAAAAAGAAAAACUUAUUUUCCGAAGAUCUGUCGGAGCUGCAGGAGAGAAAUGAAUUGAAUUGAAUGGAAAACAAAGCAUGAGAGGUUAAUAUUAUCCAUUCGUCCUCUUUCCUUUUCCAUCCUCACCUUCUGCCUGUUCUGGAUUUUGAUCGUGACUCGUGAGCACAGCAGCUUAGCGCAUAAGAGAAACUGAUGAGAGAUUGUUGGAUGAGGAAACGGGCGUAAUACAGAAUCGUAUUGUUUGAUGGGCAACACAUGCCGUGGAUCUUUGAGAGGAAAAUAUUUUCAGGGCUUCAGCCAGCCCGAAGACCCCUCCAGGCGCAGCAAUCCUUCUGACCCCUCCGACUCAGAGCACCUCCCCAAGCAGAAUCCCAAUUCAGCAGACAACAACAACAACAGCAACAACAACAACAACAUCAACAUCAACAACAACAAGAGAAAUCUACCCUUCAAGAAGGACACCAUCAUGCGCAGAGGCCCCGACAACCAAGCUUAUUAUGUCCUGGGUCAUAAGACUCACAACAUUCGUGAUCUCUACACUCUUGGCCGCAAACUGGGUCAGGGCCAAUUUGGCACCACUUAUUUAUGCACCGAGAAUUCCACCAACAUCGAAUACGCAUGUAAAUCCAUCUCCAAGAGGAAGUUGAUUUCCAAGGAGGACGUGGAAGACGUUAGGAGAGAAAUUCAAAUAAUGCACCAUUUAGCUGGUCACAAGAACAUCGUCACCAUCAAGGGUGCUUAUGAGGAUCCUCUCUACGUCCAUAUUGUCAUGGAGCUUUGUUCUGGGGGUGAGUUGUUUGAUCGCAUCAUCCAAAGGGGCCACUACACCGAGAGGAAGGCUGCUGAGUUGACCAAAAUCAUUGUUGGAGUUGUUGAGACUUGCCAUUCCCUCGGGGUUAUGCAUAGAGAUCUUAAGCCUGAAAACUUCUUGUUGGUUAAUAAGGAUGAUGAUUUCUCUCUUAAAGCAAUUGACUUUGGCCUCUCUGUUUUCUUCAAACCAGGUCAAGUAUUCACUGACGUGGUUGGCAGUCCGUACUAUGUUGCUCCUGAGGUUCUCCUCAAGCAUUAUGGCCCCGAAGCAGAUGUGUGGACAGCGGGCGUCAUUCUAUACAUACUACUUAGUGGAGUGCCGCCGUUUUGGGCAGAAACCCAGCAGGGUAUAUUUGAUGCUGUUUUGAAGGGGCAUAUAGAUUUCGACUCUGAUCCAUGGCCUUUAAUUUCUGAUAGUGCUAAAGAUCUGAUUAGAAAGAUGCUGUGUUCUCGGCCUUCAGAACGGUUGACAGCUCAUGAAGUGUUAUGUCAUCCAUGGAUAUGUGAAAAUGGAGUUGCCCCUGACAGAGCAUUGGACCCUGCUGUUCUUUCCCGCCUUAAACAGUUCUCUGCAAUGAACAAACUAAAGAAGAUGGCUUUGCGGGUAAUUGCUGAAAGUUUGUCCGAAGAGGAGAUUGCUGGUUUGAGAGAGAUGUUUCAAGCUAUGGAUACUGAUAACAGUGGUGCAAUUACUUUUGAUGAGCUUAAAGCUGGUCUAAGAAGAUAUGGGUCAACCCUUAAGGAUACAGAAAUACGUGAUCUUAUGGAGGCGGCUGAUGUGGACAAUAGUGGGACUAUAGAUUAUGGAGAGUUUAUCGCUGCAACAAUUCAUCUCAACAAGCUAGAGCGCGAGGAACAUCUCAUUGCAGCAUUUCGAUAUUUUGACAAGGAUGGGAGUGGCUAUAUUACAGUUGACGAACUUCAACAAGCUUGUAUAGAACAUAACAUGACUGAUGUUUUUCUUGAAGAUAUUAUUAGGGAAGUUGAUCAAGAUAAUGAUGGAAGGAUUGAUUAUGGUGAAUUUGCUGCCAUGAUGCAAGGCAAUGCUGGAAUUGGAAGGAGGACUAUGCGCAACAGCCUGAAUUUAAGCAUGAGAGAUGCACCAGGUGUCUGAUUCUCAUCGGUGCAGGUUGUACAGCAAAAUCCAGAAAGAGAAAAAUAGAGCAUGAAUCUUUUAUAAAGAAAAAGAUUUGUUGCUAUCCUGCACAGGGAUCCACUCGCAUGCAAGAAGAAUGGGGGAUCAUAGAUGCUGUCCCAUGAACACUCCUCAAUUGUUUGCAUUUAUGUGCUGUAUGAAUGAUUGCAAAAGUUAUUUUGAUCUUUGUAAACUCCAGUUUCAACGUAACAGCUGUUUCAAGUUAGUCGUUAUUUUUCUGUACUUUCAUGUAGGGGAAUUCUGUUAAUAGUCGAAGUAGAAGGAUUUGAAAGGUUUUGAUUUUACGGAUGUAGAGUUUUACACGAGUGAAGUUGAUGGUUUGGGCGAACUAUGAAGCCUAUUUGGAUGUGUUGACUGUUGAAGUGAAAGUAGACACAUAAUAUAUCUCAGCUGGCUUGUUUUACAAUUAAAUUUAUGCUUUUAUUAAUAAUAGUUAAUUUUCCA